GAGGGGAGGGGGUUCCUAUUGAACCCCGAUUGCGCAGACUCUGCUACUCUUGCUGCUCGCCCAGGAGUACAAUUGUAAAAAGUUCAACACAACCACCAUGGUUAUAAAAGUAUUUUUGGCGACGUCCUCAGGCUCCACAGCGAUCAAAAAGAAGCAGCAAGAUGUCGUGGGGUUCUUAGAAGCCAACGGGAUUGAUCAUGAGCAGUUAGAUAUUGCCUGUAAUGAAGACAACAGAAUGUGGAUGAGAGAAAAUGUUCCUGGGGAGAAGAAGCCAACAAAUGGGAUCCCGUUGCCUCCUCAGAUCUUUAAUGAUCAGAGUUAUUGUGGGGACUAUGAGACAUUCUUUGAUGCAAAGGAACAAAACCAGGUUUUUGCAUUUCUAGGCCUUGCUCCUCCUCCUGGAUCAAAGGAAGCCCAACUUGCUGAAAAGGCUCAUAUUCUUCAGAAUGGGAAUGUCCCACUUGAAGAGCACAAAUCUACAGAUCUUAACCACGAGGAAGAGGAGAUUGCAGACAAGGAGGAAGAUGAGUUAUUAGCUAUAGAGGAUGAAGAUGAGCAGCCUGCCACCGAGGGUGAAACAGAUCUACACGUUUCUGAGGAUGAAGAAGAAGAAGAACUAAAUAUUGAGGAUGAUGAAGAAGCUCUGGAGGAUGAAGAAGAACCCAUUACAGAGGAUGAAGAUGAGACAGAGGAGGAUUCAUAAUUUCACAUUUUGGAAUUACAACUCCAUGCUUUUAUUGAAGAAAGCAGCAACCCAGUGACAACCUUAACAUACUUAAUGUGCACCAGCAGCUCAAACUCCUGAUUGAUUGCUCAAAUGAAUUUCUCAGAGACACAGAUGGAGAAGACAAACCUCAACUACUGCAGUAAAACAUUUCUGUUCUGGCCCACCUACCAAAAGAGACUUAUUGUGUGUAGCCCAUCAAG